CAACUAUGACUGCAGCCGCAGUCGCAGCAGUUUCAGCAUCCCUUAUAUAUCUUCGGUCGUUCUCCUGCUCAGCAACCACAGCAAGUACAGCAACAGCAGUAUCAGCAACCACAGCAAAUACCGCAACAGCAACAGCAACAGCAACAACAACAGCAACAACAGCAACAACAGCAACAGCCAGGCAUUUUAUUUCAGCCUCCAAAUUUACUUAACAAUACUCAGAUCAAGACAACCGUAC